AUGUGGUUCCAGACAGUUGCCACUCUGGCGGCCUUUGUGGGCUUUACGACUGCUGCUUCAGUAAACGCAAACCAGGCUAGAUGCAAGGCCUCCAAUUUUCAAAGAUAUAUUGAUGCCAAUGGAACGCAAGCCAGGGUACAGUGGACGACCUAUAUCCGUCAGAAUGGCUCUUUCAAUCCGAUGAAUUAUACUUCCGUCUCUGAGUACCCCACCAAUCUCCCUGAAUCAUGCGGUGCGCAGAUCAAUGUGAAGUCGGAGAGAACUCAAGCUACCUUGUUGGCUUGA